GUCAGGUCACGCACGUAGAUCCCGCCCGGACGUCACUUUCCCAUUUCAGCAGUUGCUCCGUCGGCGGAACGUUUAUGCCGAAUUGCACUUGAACACGGGCAAAAAACAUAAAGACAAAGAUGAGCGGCCGGAGUAUGAAAGCGGAUCGAUGCCCCACAGACAAGCUGGCGUUGACCAACUGCGCCAUCAUCAGUGAGAAGGAGCAGCAGUUUGAACAACACGUGACUGUGGGCAAGUUUGUGUUCACCUUGAAGACCGACCCCGGCGUGAACCCCGGUUCCAUCGGCUUCAGUCUGCCACAGAGAAAAUGGGCAGGACUAGUGAUUGGGCAAAAUGUCGAAGUAACAAACUACAAGUUUGACAAGUCCAAACAGUGCAUCAGCAGCGUGACGAUAGAAAUCGGCUUCCUGCAGAAGAAGAACGCCGACAGCAACCCCUACGACUCGGACAAGAUGGCCGGAGAGUUCAUCCAGCACUUCAACAACCAGGCGUUCACCGUUGGCCAGCAGCUGGCGUUUAGUUACAAUGACAAGCUGUUUGAACUGGUGAUAAAAGAUAUGGAGGCCAUGGACCCGAGCAUCCUAAAGGGAGGAAACGCAUCUGGGAAGAAGAUUGAAAUCGGUUUGUUGCUGGGAAAUAGUCAAGUGAUUUUUGAGAGGGCAGAGAGCUCCUCCAUGACCCUAAUUGGGAAAUCUAAGACCCGAGAGUCUCGCCAGUCUAUCAUCAGCCCCGACUGGAACUUUGAGAGGAUGGGGAUCGGCGGCCUCGACAAGGAGUUCUCCGACAUCUUCCGUCGAGCCUUCGCCUCUCGAGUCUUCCCCCCCGACAUCGUCGAACAGAUGGGCUGUAAGCAUGUGAAGGGGAUCCUGCUGUACGGACCCCCAGGCUGCGGUAAAACCCUGAUGGCUCGACAGAUCGGCAAGAUGCUGAAGGCCCGCGAGCCAAAGAUCGUCAACGGCCCCGAGAUCCUCAACAAGUACGUGGGAGAGUCUGAGGCGAACAUCAGGAAGCUGUUCGCCGACGCAGAGGACGAGCAGAAGAGGCUCGGUGCUAACAGCGGCCUUCACAUCAUCAUAUUCGAUGAAAUCGAUGCCAUCUGUAAGCAGCGAGGCAGCAUGGCGGGAAGCACCGGAGUCCACGACACCGUAGUCAACCAGCUGCUGUCCAAGAUCGACGGAGUGGAGCAGCUCAACAACAUCCUGGUCAUAGGUAUGACCAACAGGCCCGACCUGAUAGACGAGGCCCUGCUGAGGCCUGGAAGGCUGGAGGUGAAGAUGGAGAUAGGGUUACCGGAUGAAAAAGGUCGUAUUCAGAUCCUCCACAUCCACACAGCCAAGAUGCGUCAGUACGACCUGCUGUCCAGCGACGUCGACAUCAAGGAGCUCGCCGUGGAGACCAAGAACUACAGCGGCGCUGAACUGGAGGGUUUGGUUAGAGCUGCUCAGUCCACCGCCAUGAACAGACACAUCAAGGCCAGCAACACGGUGGAGGUGAACAUCGAGACGGCCGAGAGGCUGCAGGUCAGCAGGCUGGACUUCAUGGCCUCGCUGAACAACGACAUCAAACCCGCGUUUGGAACCAACCAGGAGGACUACGCCAGCUACAUCAUGAACGGUAUAAUCCGGUGGGGUGACCCUGUGUCAGCGGUCCUGGAGGACGGAGAGCUGCUGGUUCAGCAGACAAAGAACAGCGACCGAACACCGCUGGUGUCUGUGCUGCUGGAAGGUCCUCCUAACAGUGGGAAAACAGCGCUGGCAGCAAAGAUUUCUGAAGAUUCCCAGUUCCCCUUUAUCAAGAUCUGCUCCCCCGACAAGAUGAUCGGACACUCCGAGAUCGCCAAAUGCCAAGCCAUCAAAAAGAUAUUUGAAGAUGCCUACAAAUCCCAGUUGAGCUGUGUGGUUGUGGAUGACAUUGAACGCUUGUUGGAUUAUGUUCCAAUCGGGCCUCGUUUUUCCAACCUGGUGCUUCAAGCUUUGCUGGUGCUGCUGAAGAAACCGCCUCCAAAGGGUCGUAAGUUGCUGAUCAUCGGCACCACAAGCCGUAAAGACGUCCUCCAGGAAAUGGAGAUGUUAGAUGCCUUCAGCACCACCAUCCACAUUCCCAACAUCUCGCGGGGAGAGCAGCUGGUCGAGGCGCUGGAGCUGCUGGGCAGCUUCCAGGAGAAUGAACGGUCCAAAAUAGCUCAAGCUGUGAAGGGCCAAAGCUUGUGGAUCGGUAUUAAAAAGCUGCUCAUGCUGAUUGAGAUGGCUGUGCAGAUGGAUCCCGACCACAGAGUUAGCAAGUUCCUGAGUCUACUGAAGGACGAAGGAGCGCUGGGUUCUGAUAAGUUUGUGGCAAUCUAGACAGAGUGGAGCCACGUAGUGAAAUAGAGGCAUCCUUCAACGUUGCUGAGGAACGGAAGCCUGAAAAGAGGCUGGCAGGAGGAAGCAAGCGAGAGAUAGUUUCCAUCUCUCUCUGCAUCCUUUCCCUCCCAUCCCUGAAGCUCUGAGCGCUUCUCUCUGCUCUGCAGCUUUAUGCAGACGCCAACCAGGCCACGUCUUCAGCACUAUGAAGAGAAACUCCCAGGGUUUGUGGUAUCUGUGUAUAUUGGACUUCCUGAAUGCUGUAAACUCUCUGUGAUGCCCCUAGCACUCCAUCGGGAUUUUAUAUGGAUGUACACAUUUAAAAAAAUCAAGAAAAAACAGCCUUCCAUGGCGGGUAGACGUGCAUGCACAAACACUAAAUAUAAUACUGUUUCUAAAGGCCUUAUCUGUAUGCACACGUGAUCAUUCCACGACAUGGUGGCUCUAUGUCUUACAAAUGUAUUAUUAUUAUAUUGUGCUUGUUUCUCACAUUUUUAUGGUAUGAAUGAAUUAAUUCUAUUACUAACAACAACAAAAAAUCUGUAUGCAAAAUUAAUGAUCAAAUGAACGACCAGAUAUUUUAAAGGGAAGUUACUCAGGCUGCUUUAAGGCUCCGUACACGAUGUGCAAAGUAUGCAUUAUGAUAUUCCUGAUUUACUUCAAAUACUGUGAGUUUGUCCAAAAAAAACCUUAAUUUUCUACACAUGAAAACACUUCUGCUACCUCUAAAAGAAAAAAAAACACGUUCUUCUCACCUGUUGGAAUAACAUUUGUUAUAAUUACGCCUCCCCAUAAUCACCUCCUAAUUACAAAACUUUCUUCAGCUUCUAAUGAGAUGAACCUUUUCAGAUAUUUGCAGUCGCCCUCCGAGUUGAUUGUGCACCAUUUGCCAGCCGAGUAGCUCAUCUGUGGAAGCCACAGGGAGAAUAAUUCACUGGCUGCAGGUUUCCAGUGUAACACCAAGUGGAAAAAUGUUGUUUCAGGUGUCGGUAUCUCUUCCUUGGGGCGACGCUAAAACUGGAAAUUGUGUUGCUUGCAGCAUUUUUAUAUCUGUACGUGAAAUGAAAUAAAUAUGAACCAAAGCUGGUGAA